CACACUCUGGCAUUGUUGUUUUUACGAGCCAAAAUUUUGUGUUGUGAUUCUUUUUGCCAAAGAAAUAGCAAUAAUAACCGGAGCCACCCAGCGGAUUACCACCCCGCAACCAGCAGAGAGAGAGAGAGGGGCAAAGGUCAGAGGUCAGCGGACAGAGCAAAAGCGAGGCGCGUAUAAAGCUGGAAGCCAAAGCGGACUGCGCAACUACUGACCAUUAAUUGGAUUAGCAUCCAAACCAAGCCAAAACAGUGACCAGACCAAAACAGAAAACCGGGAGCGCAAGCCAUUGAGGUCUGGCCCAACAACGUGACACACCCACCCAAGGCCAGCCCAAGGACAGGACCACAAUUACACUUGGCAGUCAGGAGGCUACAGCCAGCGCCAGCAGAAGGUGGAAUCAGUGGAAUCGAAAUCGGGAGCAGGAUCAGCCCCAGCGACUCUGGCUUGGUUAUGCCCAACGCCAGUUCUGGUACGCUGGACGGGAUCGGGCUCGGGAUCGGGAAUUGCUGGCGAUCGACACACUGAGGCUGACCCACGGCCCGCGUCCAAGGCAACUGGCGCUGGCCAUGUCUCUGCUGGCCUACGCAGAGGAUCGCGAUCCCGGGGAGUCCAGCGAUACGGAGGCGGAGCAGGAGCAGGAGCCGGACGCACUGGUCGACUUCACGGCCAUGCUGAGGCAGCGGCAGCGGGAGUACGGCGGAUGGUUCGGUUGCGGCAGCAAGAUGCAGGCGGAGCAGUCCGAUCAGGGCUACUACCUGGAACAGUAUGUGCUCGGGGUGCUGGACUUCAGUUCGCAGUACGGCAUCGACUACAGCAUCUCGUAUACGGCGGCCAACGUGAUUGGGCGGCCCACCAAGUUCCCCGCCUACGGCGACUAUCCGGAGACCUUUCCCAUGGUGAGUCGAUCUGGUCCGUGCCCAACUCCGUUCCCCUUCAACUCUCGCCCGCAGCGCACCUACGGUGACUGGUGGCAGCGGGCUCCGUCGGCCACCCGGGAGAUUCAGGCCCAGAAUCUGCCAAAGCUGACCACGCACGACUACAUUGUCGUGUACUUUGAGGAGUUUGUGGUGCCGACGGAAGUGGCCAUCUUUGAAACCUUCAAUCCGGGCGCCGUGGUGCGCAUCUGGGCUUACGGCCUGACCAAGCACUGGACAUGUUUGUGGGAGGCCACGGAAAGCGACUUAGCCCGCCCGGCGUUGGAUUCGCGUCGCUUUGCUCCGGCCCUCAAGAAGACCACGAUGAUAACAAAGACACUGCGCAUCGACUUCAACCACAGUCGACUCAACUACUACACGGAGAUCGAUGCCAUAAUGCUGUGCGGUCGCACCGUCUCCAAAACGCAAAGUCUUUUCGGCAAGCAGCAGCAACGGAUGCAGCAUCAGCAGCAACAGCAGACGCAGAGGCAGGUGCUCGCAUCCCCGCCAGCGGAGGCUACCGAUCCACCUGCAACUGAUGGCAGUGGCGGACCCAUUAGCUACAAGUUGCGCACCCUGAAGUUCCAGCCCAAUUGCCACGAGGAUGGGGCCACCAAGCUGCACGACUUCAUCAACAACGACCUGAGCCAGUUCCUGAUGGACAACAGCGUGAAGGGAGGCGGCGACUUGGGGCCGCCGCAUCCGCUGGCGUCACCACAAGUCUGCCUUACAGAUCUGCCCUUCGAGAUCUUACUGCGCAUACUCAGCUACCUGGACUUGAAGUCCCUGUUUCGCGUGGGCCAGGUGUCGCGCACCUUCUACGACAUCUCCACGCAUCCGCUGCUCUACGCCGAGCUCAGCCUGAAGCCCUACUGGCAUGUGGCCAGCUCCGAGCUGCUGUGCACGCUGGCCCGCCGGGCCACCAUGUUGCGCAAGUUGGAUCUGUCCUGGUGCGGCGGCCUUGGCAACGUUUCGCCCACCGAGUUUAAGAAAUUCCUGACCCAACGCGGCGAUAAUCUCACCCACCUGCGACUUAACUCCUGCAAGUUUCUCAAUGCCAGCUGCAUUGAAAACGUGGGCAUAGUCUGUGAUAACCUGAUAGAGUUGAGCCUGCGCAACUGCGCCACUGAUCCGCCGCUGCUGAACUUCUCCUGUCUUGCCAAUCUCAAGAAUCUGGAGCGUCUCGAUCUCUUCCAAACGGCCUUUGAAACGGAACUUCUGCUCAGCAUGCUCGAGGGCAACCGCAAACUGAAACACCUCAAUCUUGCGUUUUGUGGUGUCUCGGUGAACAUGGACAAUGUGGCCGCCCACUUGGCCACCUACAAUACGCAGUUGAUCUCUUUGGACCUGUGGAAGGCGCACUUUUUGUCGGCCAGAGGACUACAAUCGCUGGCGCGCCUUCAUCAGUUGGAGGAACUCGAUUUGGGCUGGUGCCUGAGGGAAGCGUCGCUCGGAGACGGCCUGUUCCAGCUGCUGACCAACUGCCCCAAGCUGAAGAAGCUCUUCUUGUCGGCGGUGCGAGGAACCACCGAACGCGAUCUCAUGCAUAUUGCCGCCCUGGGCAAGAAUCUGGAGCAACUGGACCUCAUGGGCAUUCUGAACAUCACGCACGAACGUGCUUAUGACAUUCUGGUUCACUGCCCCAAACUUCAAUUGCUCGACCUGAGUUUCUGCGAUAAUAUUAUGGAUCGGGAUUUCGAUUUGCUGGCGGAAUGGUCGCGUCAGUUCAACGUGGAUAUAAAGAGCAGCCGGCGUUACUAGCCCAGAAUUUGGGGAAUCUGGAAUUGGGCGAUGCAGUCCUAGUAGCUAUUAUUUAUGGUUCCAUGAUAAGUGUACUUUUAGAUUCUAUAUAUAUAUGUGUCACUCUCUCUCUCUGUUUAUAGUAAAAUGUUAUAUAUCUACUGUUAUAAAUAUGAAACAUUUGAUAUUAAACGAUUUAAAGAUCA